UGCCGGUGAGCUUGAUCGAUCGGUGCGCGAAAUCGAGCGCAAGAUUUCCGACAUGCGCACCAGGGUGGCGUACUGAUUUUGAACGAAGGAGAUUUGGCGUCUGAUCAGGAUAAUGUCAUGAUAUGAGGGUUCUAGAUACCCAUAAUCGAUUACCAUGCCUACCGCUUGUAUCGCUCUCGUUGCUUCUGUUUUGGGAUGUAGAUUGGUGUAGAUGCAUGUCUCUUGCCUCGCUCGGUCAUCUGUUUCUCUCGGACGAUCUUGAGCUGGAUGCCGCUGCACCUCGCGAGGUGCAAGCCGGUACGAGACGAGAAAAAGGUAUUCUCAGAAUGCCGUCGACGAUCUUUGAGUACGGUUUUAUCCGCUCUUACCACGGAUAUCAUCGUAAUUUAUCCGUCGGGACACUGCCUAGCUGCGUAUCCUCCUUAGAUUGGAUUCAAUGACAUCAUCUCAUUUUAUUAUUCUUCAUACGCAUGAUUUCUUAGUUCCAUUUCAAAGAUGCUGACUAUUAUGCUAUCUGGGCACCACAUUCCUACUUCUCGGUUAUCCUAUCCUAUGUGAUCCAUAUAUACUCAAGUGAUCCAAUCCACAACUAUGUAUCUGAACGA